UUUUGAAUGCGUCUCAAAUGGUGCUUAUCAUUCCCUUGCAGACGUUCACCAAAAUUCACAUACUGCACAUCCGUGAAGAACUCGUGUUUUACCGGCAAACCUGGUAAUCAGAAGGCGCGUUAAGUUCUCCGCUGAUGGUGGAUUGUAGUUUAGCGUGUGGGCACAAACGGCAAAGUGUUCGCUCCACUGCGCGCUGCGGUGCUUCUGACGCGCGAUGGAGAACCUUCAGAAAGAUGCGACUUUCUGGCCGCUGAACAGAUCACGGAGUGAGUCGAGCAGCGGAAACGAAAGUAUAGCUGCAAACCGAACCGAGAACCCUCUGAAGCGCAACGAGGAGGUGGCCAAAGUGGAAGUGGCAGUGUUGUUUGUGGUGCUGCUGCUCGCACUGGCCGGUAACCUGUGCGUACUGGCGGCGCUUCACGCGAGCAAACGCGCGCGCUCGCGCAUGCAUUUCUUCAUGAAACACCUGAGCAUCGCGGAUCUGGUGGUGGCCAUCUUCCAGGUGCUGCCGCAGCUCAUCUGGGAUAUCACGUUCCGCUUCUAUGGGCCAGACUUCUUGUGCCGCUUGGUGAAGUAUCUGCAGGUGGUGGGGAUGUUUGCCUCCACAUACCUGCUUGUGCUGAUGUCCGUGGACAGGUGCCUUGCAGUAUGCCAGCCUCUCCGCUCACUGCGGCGCAGGAAGGACCGUGAGUACGUUCUCGGGUCAUGGCUCCUGAGCCUGCUGCUCAGCCUCCCACAGACAUAUAUCUUCUCCCUCAAGGAAGUGGGCCAGGGGGUCUAUGACUGCUGGGGAGACUUUGUGCAGCCAUGGGGGGCAAAAGCCUACAUAACCUGGAUAAGCCUUACCAUCUACAUCAUACCUGUUACCAUUCUGAGUGUGUGUUAUGGCCUCACAAGUUUUAAGAUAUGGCAAAACUUCAAGCAGAAGAGCAGAAAGGAUCAGCCUCUAAGAUUGUCUGGGGAGCUGGCCGAUAGUGCAGCACUUUCACGCGUCAGCAGUGUGAGACUAUGGCACCAAGAGAGGGUAAUUUUAUUAACGAGAGAAAAAAUGGCAUUCAUUAUUACCAUGCUUCUGGCUAGCCUGAACAGUUGCUGUAACCCCUGGAUCUACAUGUUCUUUGCUGGCCACCUGUUCCGUGACCUGAUGCACAACUGCCUGAUAACAUUACGCUGUAACUGUGUGGGCCAGCAGAGUCCUAAUGGCCAUGCAGGAGAAAUAGUGAUGAAGGACACUGGCAGCCAGAGGAGCCUCACUCAAACAUCAACUAUGUAACACAGCAGACUGCAAGGAAGGCAAGAGAAAUGAGGACAAACUCUCUGCAAACCAUGGCUGCAAAUGGGGAAAACACCUACAUAUAGUUGACUUACAGAGGCUUUUUGGUCUGCACUUUACUGACUUGUACUAUAAGAAAAGGUAUUCAUAUGGACAGAUACAAUCAUUAAAGACCUGAUAAUAAACCUCAGGACCAAUGUAUUAAAAUACAUAUUGCAGUUUAAUUCUCUACAGAAACAAAAACUACCACUAACUAUUGUCUCAAAGCACACUGGCCAGCCACACACCAGCGAAAUACUUAAUAUUUUUGCAUUUGAACAUAUUCAUCUGUCCCACACCACCCUAUUCCAGAAUGUAUUAUUUGUGUUAUUGCACUGGACUAAUGGCAACAGUUAAACUCCAGCAGUGAAAGCCCUGUAAUGGUUUUUAUUACUAAACUACUCUGGAGACAUUAAUAGGUCAUGUCCAGUUCAUUUUGUCCUUGCCAACCUAAAUUUGUUGCUGAAACCAGUUGUGUCUUCUUCCCUUACCCAUUUACUCAGCACUUGCUUGACUACUUUAGAGCUGAAUUAGACACAGUUACUUCUCACAAAAAAUACUACAUUAUA